UUAUGUGUUUGCAUAAUUAUAUUGAUUUUAAAAAAGGUUGUCCCAGUGGAAUGUUAUUCUUACAUUAUAGCUUACCAAAAGACCAUAUUGUACCCUAUUGCUUGUAAGAAUUCAGGACCACAUCUUAAUCUGUACAAAGUUUGUGCAGAUGCUUAGGAUAACUGGCGCUAUGUUCAAGGAUAUCCUGCCAUCUAGUGGUUAAAAUACCUCAGUGUUGCUGGCAUUUGUUCUCUGACUGGGAAUAUCGCGUUUGAUGAAGUGACCUUGUGUCACAAUCUUGAUGUUGAGUCAACAGCUUCUGCAGGAUAUGACAGCAACACGAUAGUCCGCUUUCUCUUCUUCCCAAGUUCCAAGAAGCCCCCGCAUGCCGAGCAACACACACCCCUGCCCUUGCGUGUGUGGCAUGUACACACCUGUGGAGGUGAUCGAGGAAGUGUGCGUGUUUACACCGGCUUCAGUGUCCGCCUGCUGCCAGGACAGACGGAGUUCCGAGGAAGGGCGGGAAGUGAUGCAAUAUAGCAGAAGUUAACCAUGGCGCCACACCCUGUCACUCAAGCCGUCAUUGAUCUGUCAGCCGGAGCAUGUGGUGGGAUUGCGUGUGUGUUUAGCGGGCAGCCCUUUGAUACAGCCAAGGUGAAGAUGCAGACUUUCCCCGGCUUGUACAGAAGCUUUGUCCACUGCUUCGUGUCCGUCUACAAACAGGUUGGACUGCGAGGCCUCUAUCAGGGCACCACACCUGCCCUCAUAGCCAACAUUGCUGAAAACGCUGUACUCUUCAUGAGCUACGGCUUCUGCCAGAAUGUAGUGCGCUUUGUUUCAGGAGUGGCCCGAGGCACAGAACUCAGUGAUAUUCAGAAGGCCUGUUCAGGUUCUGUUGCCUCGAUCUUCUCCUCUCUGGCUUUAUGCCCCACUGAACUGGUUAAAUGUCGACUGCAGGCCAUGCAUGAAAUGGAGGCAUCCGGCAAGAUUGCCAGUGGACAGAAAAGCACGGUGUGGUCCGUUGUGAGAAAUGUGCUGCGGACAAACGGUCCUCUGGGUUUCUAUCAGGGUCUCACCACCACUAUAGUCCGUGAGGUACCUGGAUACUUCUGUUUCUUUGGAGGAUAUGAACUCAGCCGCUCCAUGUUUGCCCACCACAUGGGCAGAGACAAAGAGCACAUAGGUGUCGUGCCGUUGAUGUUCAGCGGUGGUUUCGGCGGAGCCUGCCUGUGGUUGGUUGUGUACCCCAUAGACUGUGUGAAGUCUCGCAUCCAAGUUCUGUCUUUAGCAGGGAAACAGGAAGGCUUCCUCAAGACUCUUAUGGGAAUUUUACGAAAUGAGGGAGUGGCACCUCUGUAUUCUGGUUUGACCCCGACUAUGAUCCGAACUUUUCCUGCCAAUGGAGCGCUCUUUUUGGCCUAUGAAGUCAGUCGCAAGAUCAUGAUGCAACAGUUUGAUCACUGAGGCCAUCUCUCAGUCUCUGGAGUUUUUCAGAAAAUGUUUAAUCCCAUCUUGAGUUUUCAGUUGCAUUGAGAACUUGCCUUGUGGACAUUUUAUCCACCUAAGUGUUAAUAUAUGUGCAUCUUGAAUAUUUUAUGUGCGAGAAAGAAUAUUUAAAUGAAUGAAAAAACUAAAAUGUAUAUGGCUCUGAAAAUCGAUGUUCCAAACUAGGGUUAUUUUUGUUAACGAAAACUAUUAAAACGUGUUAAUUGAAAUAAAGCUGAAAUAAAAUAAAGUAUAAAUAUUAGUUUAACAAACUAAACAGACAAAUGUUGCUUUGGCAAAUACACUGAAAUAAGUUUAAGUUGAACCACUAAAGUUAUUAACUGUAAAUAAAUAAAAACAAAAACUGAAAUAAAGUACAGGACACAGCUUACAGUAUGUCAUAAUGGCCAAAUUCAUAUACAUGUAUUGUAAUGGUGGCUCAGUGUUUCCAUUGAGUUGAUCUGUGCCUGUAUCUAUGGUGAGUAGCUCUUGACUGCAUGUUACACUCGGUUCUCCAGAGACCCAAAGCUCUGCUUUUAUUGUUUGUCUUAUAAUGAGGUCUUGGUUUAUGCAUUUGAGCAACUUUGAAGGUUAAAUAGUCAUUUGUGUGAUAAAUGUGUGAACAAACAAUACUGUAUUUUCCUGCUAUGCUUGUAAUGUUUUUGACAUAAAAUACACUCCUUAUGUUGCAGUGCCUCAUAUGCCAUACAAAUAAAUGUCAUUCAAUGAUUUUACAAACA